AUGGCUCCUCUGCCAUCAGACUACAGUGGCCGUCCGGUCGCAGUUCUCGGGGGCGGGGUCCUAGGUCGCCGUAUCGCCUGCACAUGGGCCUCCGGCGGCUACAACGUUCGGGUCCGGGAACCCGACGUCAAGCAGCACCAGCCCUGCCUAGAUUACGUCAAGCAGAAUGUCGACAGCUACCCAGCUCCCGGCAGCAAGAGCCCGGGCACGGUCCAGAUCUUCGAGGAUCUCUCGCCGGCCGUCGAAAACGCCUGGCUUGUCGUCGAGGCCGUCCCCGAGAAGAUCCAGAUCAAGAUCGACGUCUUUGCUGAGCUAGAGGCCACGGCCCCCGCGGAUGCCAUCCUCGCCAGCAACUCGUCCUCCUACCGAUCGUCGGAGAUGCUCGCCAAGGUCGGGGACGCGACCAAGACGAGAAUCAUGAACACGCACUACUACACGCCGCCCACCAACAUGGUCGUCGAGCUCAUGACGGACGGGCAUACGAACCCGGACUACUUCCCCUUCAUGUCGGAGAGGCAGAGGGAAGUCGGGACGAGACCAUUCAUCGUGCGCAAAGAGUCGACCGGCUUUAUCUUCAACCGUCUCUGGGCCGCGAUCAAGAGGGAGACGCUGUCGAUACUAGCCGAGGGCGUGUCGAGCCCCGAGGAGAUUGAUACUCUAUUCUGCGAGCUGUAUAAGUAUGGCAUGGGACCUUGCAAACUGAUGGAUUUGGUCGGUCUCGACACAGUCGCCUUUAUCGAGGAUCACUACGUCCAUGAACUCGGGCUGUCCCCAAAGAAAACCGUCGACUUCCUGCAACGCGAGUACAUCUCCAAGGGCAAACUCGGCAACAAGUCAGCCAAGGGUGGCCUGUACCCGAACCUCCCCAAGAUCCUCGCCCUAGACCUCGCGCUUGCGAACCCCGACGAGUGGACCGCGUCUGGGAAGAUACUCCAGAUCUCUUCGGACGGCGAAGUGGAGCGCGUGCUCGCGGACCGACAGCACGCCCCCGGCGGCAUCGACAUCGACACGGAGAGCCGUCGCAUGUUCUGGACUUGCAUGGGAACGCCCGGCGAGCCGAACGGCGCCGUCUUCUCGGCGACUCUGGACGGCGGCGACGUGCGGUCCCUCUUCGCACCCGGGGCCGUCAACACGCCAAAGCAACUCGUCGUCGAGCCCGCGUCGGGGAAGAUCUACUUCUGCGACCGCGAGGGCAUGCGGGUCUACCGCGCCGAUCUGGACGGCACCGGUCUGGAGGCCCUGGUCGUCGCCGGCCGCGACCCUUCGGACCCCGCAUCCUGGUGCGUCAGUGUCUCGGUGGCGCCGAGACUGAGCAAGCUCUACUGGACGCAGAAGGGCGCGCGCGAGUCGAGCCAGGGGCGCAUCUUCUGUGCCAACAUCGAUAUGCCCGCGGGCGCGACCGCCGAGACGAGGGGCGACGUCGUCUGCCUUCUGGGAGACCUACCUGAGCCCACAGACCUGGAGGUCGACGAGGAGACCGGCGCCAUCUUCUGGGCGGACCGCGGCGAGACCCUCGGGGGUAACACCCUCAACCGGGCCGGCAUCAGCCCGAAGACGGGGCUGUUGAGGACAGAGGGGUCGGACAAGUGCGAGAUCUUGGCGAAGGAUUUCAAUGAGGCGGCUGGCGUCACUCUGGACCGGGACAACGGCCACGUCUACUUUAGUGACCACGGAGGCAGCAUCUACCGCUGCAACGUGGACGGAACGGACAAAAAGAGGAUUUUCUUUGAUGAUGACCGGAAAAUUACCGGCAUAUCGGUUCUGCGCAUCUAG